AUGACAACAUCAAAACCCACCGUACCGACUGCUGCAAAACACCUACCAGAGCCGAAAAAACUGGCCUCCGCCCCCCGCCAUACAUGUAAGGACUACUACCGCAACUAUGCAGCACAAGUAAUCUGCGUGUCUAUGGAAAAUUUUGACGUUCCUCGGAAUAGUGUUGAAAAUGUAUGUGAAGUAAAUGUAAUGGCUCUCAAAAUGAAAGAAAAUUAUCAAAAAAAUGCCACAGCAGCAGCAAAACAGCAGGCUGCUCCUCCAGCUAAUGUGUAUAUAAAUAUAGCCGGUAGAGCAGUAACAAUGGCUAAUGCACCAAUUACAUCGAAUAACAAUCAACAAAAUUGUGAAGAUGUGGAAAGUAUGAAAGGUACAUUUUCAUGGAAAAUAAUCGCUGGAUAUUAUAUACCCUGUAUCAUACGAGUAAUUAAUGGUGAUCUUUUAAAGUUUGUAUCUGUACGUAUGGCUGAAACUCAGCUACUCAGCAACUAUUUACAUUAUUUACAUGAUGAUAUUUGUAAAUGCACAUCAGUUAAAAGUAGUAUUAUCACAGAAUCUGAAGCUAAGUUAUUGAAUGAAAUUAACCAAAGACAUGCCGACUACAUAUAUGGGAAAAAAAUGUUUUUCGCAGGACAAGAUUAUAUUGUCCGUUUAGAUGAAGUUGAUGAAUUUUAUAAGUUCAUAGAAGUAUGUUAUAAAAAGUUAAUGUGCAAUAUUACUCCAGUUAGCACAGAAAAAUGCGGUUUUAUACGUAUUAACUCUACAUCUGUUGUGCCAUAUUGUAUUGAAGAUAACCGAAAACUUGUUCCGCUUUUCUACUUUGAAGGCAAAACAGAAAUUGUAGAGCGUCGAGCUGUAAAAUUUGAAAAUUGGAACUUGGCCUAUCUCAAGUUCUGUUUGUUAAUUCAGGGUACCACAAAUGAGUUGUUUCCUAGUGACUCUUGCACAAUGAUUAAUCUUGAUGAUAUCAAAAAUUAUUUUCCACCGGAAACUAGUUUUGAGGAAUAUUGGCCAGAUAAGGAGGUUUAUACAGAACUCCUAAUUAAUCAGAAAUCAACAUGUGUAAAUCCAUCCGGUCCAGUGAUCAGAGAACUCCCUGAAGUAGCACCUUCUGAUAAUACUACUCCUCACACUUUAAAGCCACCAGCACCAGUAUUACCACUGAUUAUGCCAGUGAUGGUUAAAAUCUCUCAAAACAGAUGGCCGCCAAAUCAAAUGGUAUGA